GGGAACGAUUCACAAGACUACACCUGGCGAAGAUGCAACCAACCACGUCGGAAUGAGCCAGACAAGCGAGGCGCCUCUCUUCGUAGUGGAAGAGGUCAUCUGCGCCUACCCCAUCAGCACCUUCUACGACUCGUGUCCGCGCUAUCUCUUCUAUGCCCUCCUUCUAGCCACUUGUGUCACUCGCUGGACCGGCUGGCUCGCGGACGUUUUUCUGGGUGCGGCAGCAACAUACGCCGGAACCGCUGCCAUCCAAGCAUUCAUUCUCGUCUCCAAUCCGGCGAAACGCGACCCAUACGAAUCCAUAACAAUUCCUUUCGUCCCUGAUAACACCUCGCUGUGGGACAGCUUCCCAUCUCUAAUCACUGGAGCCGAUCAUAUCGAACUAAGUCCGGCUGCACUUGAGUUAGAUGCUGACGCCGUCCUGGCCAUCGUAGUCACGGCUUAUCUCACAUUCCUCCCUCUGCAGUGCUGGUCCCGUGCCUUUUCCCACGAAAGGGCCCGCUAUAUACUCUUCGCUCUAUGGCAUGUCCUCAUGCUCGCGGGGUCCAUCUGUGCCCUGGUUUAUUGGCCGACUCUUCGCGACACCCCUAUUCAAUACACUUUCUGCUACCCGGAUCUUCCACCCAUGGGCACCGUCUCUAGCGAUGGAUGGGAGUCCUGGCAGCGCACCUCAACCUGGAACAACAGUGUCUGGGAGAUAUUCAGCAAUAGUACCAUGUUCGACCAGCUACCAGGCGUCUGCUUCUAUCCCUGCUUCAACACAACUCAAAUUCUGCGCCAACAGACCACACUCGAGGCGACCGUCGCCACGGGCGACUACCGCAUCCAUCAACGAAGCAAAUUCUGGAAUGAGGUCGUCUACUCCAAACGUUACAUAUACAGUCUUAUCGUCCUCACUGUUGUCGUUAACUUCUUCCUUCUGUUAUUCAAGAUCAUCCCAUAUCGCUCUCGUCUUCCCUCCGCCCAAGUACGCAGCAUCUGGGCAGAAAGGAAGAGCAUCUUCAACGGGUUGAGGAAGGACUUUCGCUCCGCGAUCUACGUAUCUCAGCUUCAUCGAACCGAUCUGAUGGACUCGACGAGAGAGAAGCUCUCGGUGUGGAGACCUGCUGGAGGUCUCUUUACAUUACACGCCUUGGGCUCGUGGUUCAGACUUCUACUUGAUACGGUGAUCCUCUGUGCGUUGGUAUUUAGCAUCAUCGUGAGCCCGUUGACGGUCAUUGCUUUCGUGGUUUGGAUUGAGUAUUAUAUCCACGAGGAUGGACCGUCGCAGGAAACACCACAGCAAGUAGGACAGUGGUCGCCAUUGGUGUCUAUUGGGUUUUUGUUGAUAUCCGCGGCCAUAUUGAAGCUGAAGUAUUGGGUAGCUUCGAGGGAAGAGUUGGAGGAGGAGAUCGGGCAUUUGAGGGGGAAGUUGAAACGGUUGGAAAGGCUUAGAGAAGAGAAAGUGUAUGAGUAG